AAAUCUGUGAAGGCGGUGCUAGUACUUUUCCCAGUCUAAAUCUCAUACCAGCUCUUACGGCUUCUCUUUUGCAAGAAACUUUUACUUGAGGAUUACCCUGAGAAGGCAGCACCGAGGCUCGCUGCGUAUCUUCGGCAAACCCACCAAAUUCUUCCAAGGCAUCUCGUUAGAGAGUAACUCAGAGAGAGAAGAGACCAAAAAAAAAACCCCCCAAAAACAAACCGAGAGACAUGGCUGACCCAUGGCAGGAAUCAUUCGACCAUGCUGUUGCUGUCGCCCGGAAAGCUGGGGAGGUAAUUAGGAACGCUCUGCAGAAUGAGGUGAAGGUUAUGACGAAGAGCUCAUCGGUGGAUCUCGUCACGCAGACGGACCAGAGGGUGGAGAAAAUCAUCAUCAGCUCCGUUAAAGAAAAGUUCCCCAAUCACAGCUUCAUUGGGGAGGAGUCCGUAGCAGCUGGCCUGCCGUGUAUAUUGACUGACAACCCUACAUGGAUCAUAGACCCUGUGGAUGGCACCACAAACUUCGUGCACGGGUUCCCUUUUGUGGCAGUGUCUAUUGGGUUUGCUGUAAAUAAAGCGCUGGAGUUCGGUGUGGUGUAUAGCUGCUUAGAAGACAAGAUGUACACAGGAAGGAAGGGAAAGGGAGCUUUCUGUGAUGGAGAAAGACUGCAGGUUUCUGAUGUGACAGAGAUCAAGAAGUCUAUGAUCAUCAGUGAGCUUGGAUCUAACAGGGAUAAAGAAAGAGUUACCAAGAUCUUCUCCACCAUGCAGAAGAUCCUCUGCAUCCCUGUGCACGGGCUGCGUGGCUCAGGGACAGCGGCCACUAACAUGUGCCUGGUUGCGUCUGGAGCUGUGGAGGCCUUCUUUGAGAUUGGGAUCCAUUGCUGGGAUAUUGCCGCCGGAGCCGUUAUAGUCACAGAAGCUGGAGGGGUGUUACUCGAUGUCGAUGGUGGGCCUUUUGACCUUAUGUCUCGGAGGAUGGUUUCAGCAAACAACAAAACUAUUGCCGAUCGAAUCAUCAAGGAAAUUGACAUAUUUGAAGCGGAGAGGGAUGAUGCUCCAAAGAAGAAAUGAGAGGAUUUGUCUACCCGGUUACAUUGAAUUAGAUCAUUGAAGCACAUUUUUUUUUGCAUUAUAGGUGGCAUUUUUACAUUUUCAAGAUAAUUCUGUGUUUAUAAUGGUGUACAUCCAAGAGAGUACAGCAGUAGCUGAAGUCAAUAUUCAUUCAGAUAUGGAAUAAACCACAUAUAACUUAAAUGACAUCAUUAUCCUCAAUGCUUAAUGUUGGAUUACAGCUCUCUUUUUUUAAGCCAAAAUUUCUUGUAUGUUAUUUCCACAACCAUACUAAUUGAACAUGAGAUAAAGCAAUUGAAUGCCCUGUAUUGUCUGAAUAAAGUUACUGUACCGUCA